AUGGUGGUCCCGCUGAUGCUCGAUCUGAUGGACUUUCGGAGGAUGAUGUGCAACAUCAGUGUGCCAAUCCGGCUGUUGAUUUUGGUGCAGAACGGGCGGGAGGCGAUGCUGUCGUUGUGCCUGCAGGAACUCGAGAGGGUCUAUGGGUGGUCCGGACGCCUGGUCGUGAGUCGUCACCCGGAAAACAUCGGGUACAGCGCUGCCGUGAACAUUGGGCUCCGAAUUGCACUCUCGCUGCCGCGCGAGGAAGUGCCUUUUGCUUUUGUGACAAACAGCGACGUAAAGUUUUCACCCGAUCUUCUUCCCAACCUUCUACGCGAUGUGCAUGAAAUGACGAGGCAUGAUGCCGCUUGCAUGGAUGAGUUGGCGGCGGAGGUGGCGAAUGAGCCGAGCGAGUACAGUCCUGUUUUGCGACGGGGCUUGAGGGAGCUGCGCUCCACGGUGAACGAUAACCGAUUGUCGACGUCUGCGCCGCUGCCUGACCGCAUCCGUUAUGCUUCUGUGAAGGAGCGUGAAAAGGCGUUUUCGAAGCAUUACGGGCACUUCUGCGCGUAUUACAAAAGCAGUUGUUUUACAUCUGUUAUGUUGACACGCCUGGCGAUCAGCACGGUGGGAUAUUUUGACGAGAACUUUUACCCAGCUUGCGUGGAGGAUGUCGACUACAGCUUACGCCUCCGUUAG